AUGUAUAAGAACCAGCUACAGGAGCUGGCACAGAGGAGUUGCUUCAAUCUUCCAUCGUACGCGUGCAUCAGGGAAGGUCCCGAUCACGCGCCACGGUUCAAGGCUACUGUUAAUUUCAACGGUGAGACGUUUGAGAGUCCUGGCUACUGUUCGACGCUCCGACAGGCAGAGCACUCGGCUGCGGAGGUGGCUCUCAAUGCCCUUGCUAGCCGUGGUCCCUCCAACUCCCUCGCGGCCAGAGUUCUGGAUGAGACGGGGGUCUAUAAGAAUCUCUUGCAGGAGGUCUCACAAAGAAUGGGAGCAUCUUUACCUGCAUAUACUACUUAUAGAUCAGGCCUAGGACACCUUCCCAUCUUCACAUGUACUGUAGAGUUGGCAGGCAUUAUAUUUACCGGCGAGCCAGCUAAGAACAAAAAGCAAGCAGAAAAGAAUGCGGCCAUGGCAGCUUGGCUAUCUCUGAAAUCAUUAGUGCAACAUUUUGAGAGUUCAACAUCAGAAAAGCCACACAAGGAUGAGCAGGAACACGUGGCGGUAACCCGUUCUCUGCAAAAGUACAUCAUUCAGGCUAAAUUGGCAAAGUUAACAUUUCCAAUAAAAUUUCCUACAUCAAAUCCAAGGUCAUCAAGUACCCAGCAGCCUAUAGCUACAUCAUCUAAAAUUUUGCCUUUAAUAUGCCCAAGGACAGCUUCUCGCAACAAGCCUGUUAUGGCUGUGAACAACAAAGCGAACCCCAAAACUGCCAAGACGACUCAAAGCCAACCAGUAAUUACUAGUACAAAUGAGAGUCCCACAUCAUUGGUGGAGAACCAUACAAUUGGGCCUCAGAAGUUCCCUGCAGCUGGAGCAGCACCGUACAUUCCAGCUCGGCAUUUCAACCAACAUCAUAGAAUUGCAUCACCAGUGACAAUACGAAAUGCAAUUCCUGUUUUCUCUGCACCACGAUUUCCUCCACCUCAGGCUUCACUAAUGAUGAGGCCUCCACCAUUGGGUAUGGCACCAUCUGUCUGCAUAAGACAGGCUGUUCCCGUAUUUGCUGCUGCUCCUGUUAGGAUAGAGGAGCUACCGAUGUUAGAUCCAACAAUUCCAGUGGCUGGUCCACGGAUUUCCAGGCCUCCAACGAUUAAGGUUGAGGAACCAUCAGGUUCUAAAUUUUCACGCGUUCGAGUUGAGGACCCAUCAGUUUCCAGAGCAGCAACUGGUAGACUGGACGAGUCACAAUUGUCCAAGGUUCCUUCGGUUCGAAUUGAGGAACCACUUGGUAUAAAGUUUCAGCCGAUGCAUGUAGAAGGGCAACUGGAUUCUGAAUUUCUGGCGGUUAAAGUUGAGCCCCCAGUAUCUCAAGCCCCAGUAAUCCAAGUUGAGUCACCAGUUUCAAUGGUUGUUGGUCCUGCAGCGAGUUCAAAAGCACUUGCAGAAGAGACUAAGAUUGCAGUGCAGGACAACUUGCGGGAGUCUGCGGAGAUUGAAGGCUUUAAAGAGCUAAAAAUAUGA